AUGAAUCCACCAAAAACAAUCUCCAUUCUCUUCUUCUUCUUCAUCAUCAUCUUCAUAGAUUAUGUCUCUGCUCAAUCUGCUCCUCCUCUGUACAGAACCAACGACCUCUUCAAGCCAAGCUUAGCCAUCAUCACCGGAGUUUUCUCCGUCGUCUUCACCCUCACUUUCGUUCUCCUCGUCUACGCAAAAUGCUUCCAAAACGAUCUCCGAUCAGAGAGCGACGGUGACGGAGAAGGAGACAGAGGAAGACACGAUCGUCUGUGGCAAGGACUCUUCAAUCGAUCUUCUCGACUCUCCUCCGGUCUCAACAAAACAGCAAUCGAAUCUCUUCCCUUCUUCAGAUUCUCUGCUUUGAAAGGAUCGAAACAAGGGCUUGAAUGUUCUGUUUGUCUGUCUAAAUUCGAAGAUGUUGAGAUCCUCAGGCUUUUGCCUAAAUGCAAGCACGCUUUUCACAUCGGGUGUAUUGAUCAGUGGCUUGAGCAGCACGCCACGUGUCCCUUGUGUAGAAACAGAGUCAACAUCGAGGACGAUCUCUUUGGUUUGGGUUGUAGUAGCAAUAGUCUGAGAAUCAUGAGCCAAUCUGAUAUAAGAGAAGAAGACUCGAGCUUGGAGAUUUACAUCGAACGAGAAGAAGGAGUUAAUAGUGAUGAUGGUUCUUCGAGAUUCAGCAGUUUCCGGAAGAUUCUAAAGAUUGGCAAAAAGGAAAAAUCGUUGUCGCUUGAUGAACAAGGAACCGAGAAACUUAUGCACAAGUUCAAUCACAGGAUCGUUGUUUCAGAUGUCGCGUUUAAGAACCGUUGGAGUAACGUGACUUCAUCGGAUUUGGCGUUUUUGACGUCGAAGAUGUUGAAUUCAGUGUCAAGCGACAGAUUCUCGUCGGUGGAUAGGGUUCAGAGAGAAAAUGGAGGUAACUUGGGGAACAAGGAAGAGAUUGAAAUGAAGAGAAUGUUGAAGAACAAAGACUCGACGAGAAGAGCGGUUUCUGAGAUCACAGCUGUUCCUAGACUCGGAGUUCUGCAAGUGACAACCGCGACUAGAGAAAAAGCGGUUGGAGGAAGCGAAAGCGGUUUGGCCGCUUUUACUGCUUCCACGUCGCAGAAUGAUGCGGUUGCUGCGACGGAGGAAAGUAGACGGCAGUUAUGGCUUCCGAUCGCUAGAAGAACGGCUCAGUGGUUUGUUAACAGAGAGAAAACGAAUGAGCCAAACACGCCACAACAAAAAAUUCUUGAUGUAUAG